GGAAAUUUAAAAAGUCCGGACUGACUGGGGUGACAGGACAACCGAGUCUCUUGAAGAAAUCGAUUAUCCUAACUACAAAAUAAUCAUUUACACAACUUAUACAAGCAGUCCGGGAAUAAUAGAUACAAACAUAUGAUUCCUUUUUAGUGCCGCAGUAUGGAGACUCAUUACGAUCAGAUUUUAGACUCACCCUCCAAAAACAGUUACAUUGGGAGCUAUUACCAGCCUCCAGACCGGAUUCUACCAAUGUCAACACAGCUGGAGCUUUCCUCACGCUCAUCCAUCAGCAUAGACCCACAGAUGACUGGCCCUUGGAUGUCUCAGACCAAACCUAAUAUUGAUAGCAGAGCUGUUGUUGAUGCCCUGAAGACCCUCCAGGAGAAAAUCAGGAAGUUGGAGCUGGAAAGGAAGCAAGCGGAGAAGAGCUACCAGCAGUUCUCCCAUGAUGCGUGUCAGAGUCGUGAACAGGUUGAAGCAUCUUACAGGGUGCUCAGCCAACCAGCAGCCAGCCUUCCUGAGACAGAUAACAAUGGAAGGAAAGAGCUGGACUCAAAGCUGCAGUCUGCAGAGGCUCGGUGUAAGGUUCUUGAGAAGCAGCUGGACUACAUGAGGAAGAUGGUUGAAAACGCUAAGAAAGAGAGGACUGCUCUCAUGGAGAAUCAGGCUUCACUGCAGAACCCGCAGCCAAGCAGCUCAAACACCGAAUUUCAGCAGGAGAAGCUGGAAAAGCUUGAAUCAGAGUGUCUCAAACUGAGCAAGACCCAAACUCGGGCAGAGCAAUUUUGCUUUCAGACUAAGCUUGCCAUUCUGGAGCAAAAACUACUGAAAGAAGAGCAUGAGCGUAAACUUUUGCAGGAGAAAGCAGACGAGCUGCAGAAGGAGUUGGACAUCAACCUUCGAUUGUCUUUGCCAUCUUCUGAAGAGAUAAAGCCAAAGAAGAAAACAAAAAAGACCACAAAGAAAACGUCCAGACAGAAAGAGCUGGCAUCACCAAGCGGCCCAAGGCAUAAACAAAUGCCCUUUGUUGCAGGAACGUCGACAAGCCCAAGCCAUUCAGUCCACGCCAACAUACAAAGUAUACUUCACAUGAUGAAGCACCAUCAGCCCCAGCUGUGUGAACGACUGAGCUCUCUGUACAAGUCUGGUUGUGGAGCCAAAAAAAGCCUCCAGAAGGACUUUUCUCCAUCUUGCACCACUUCUCACAAGCCUGACAGGGAACGCGAACAAGCAGCUCAGUCAUUGGGCUCGCUGUCUGACCUGCUCUUGGCUCUGCAGGACGAGUUAGGACAAAUGAGCUUUGAGCAUCAGGAGUUGGUGGGUCAGAUAGAUGCAACCCAACAACGCGAACAGAGGCAGGAUCUGCAGAGAGAACUGGAGAGGUUGGUGUCCAGGAUGGAGGAGAAGGGUGCUCAGAUCACUAAACUCCGCAAAUACCAGCAGACGGUCCAUAAAUUGACCCAAAGCCAGCCAGGCUCUGAGGAACACACAGCCAAGAAGUUGAGUGGGAUCAAGCCACCUGUUCCUUCUCCUGUUAAGGCUAAGCAGAAAGGAAAGAAAGGUGGGGACCCUCACAACAACCUGCAGCUUCUCAGAGAGACCCAGAAGUUCAGAAACAGCCUGAAACAAGAUGACAUCUCCUGGGAAACAUGAGGUUCUCUGAAAGACUAUUCUGUGCGCAGGCUUUGAUACUACAGCUGGGUUGAACAACAAGACUCCCCCUUUUGGUUUCUUGCAGCCUGCUUUCCCCUCUCAUCAAAUGGCCUCUGGGACAUUUUCAGUAACAAAUAAAAAGAGGGAAUAAAGUGUUUUUGUGUUACUCAUCAAA